AUGAAUGCAAUCCAAGACGACCCGAACAAGAUGGAAUCAGGUGGUGCGAGCAAACCGUACACGCCGGACUCAGGUUCACACCACACGCAUGACAAAGAUGGAAUUAUGGGAGAGACCGCCGCGCUAGAGGCGCACGGGCGUGCGAAUUUCAGUCGACUCGGCUGGAAGCGGCUAACUGUUAUUUUAAUUGUGGAAGCCAUCGCGCUCGGUGCUCUAUCUAUUCCUGGAGCCUUUGCAACUCUGGGGAUGGUAGCUGGAGUGAUUCUCACCAUCGGUAUUGGACUGGUUGCCAUCUAUACCAGUCAUAUCAUUGGGCAAGUCAAACUGGCGUUUCCACACGUGGCGCAUUAUGCAGAUGCGGGGAGGUUGCUGAUGGGACGGUUUGGGUAUGAGCUGCUCGGGGCAAUGUUUGCGUUGGAGCUGACUUUCUCGGUGGGAUCGCAUUGUCUGACAGGAACGAUUGCAUUUCUUAACUUGUCGAAUAAUGGGGCGUGCUCAGUGGUGUUUGGGGUUGUGUCGGCUAUCAUCCUGCUAGUGUUGGCAAUUCCCCCGUCAUUUGCGGACGUAGCCAUCUUGGGCUAUAUCGAUUUCGUGUCAAUUAUGCUUGCGAUUGGCAUUACUAUUGUGGCUACCGCUGUGGUAUCUGGUUCUUCGGCCGGGGGACUGGCGCAAGUUGAUUGGUCUGCGUGGCCUAAGAAGGGCCUCUCUUUCUCGGAAGCGUUUAUCGCCAUCACGAACAUUGUCUUCGCAUACUCAUUUGCCUUGUGUCAAUUUUCCUUCAUGGACGAGAUGCACACACCGCGCGAUUAUAUUAAGUCGAUCUGGGCACUCGGCUUAAUCGAAAUUUUCAUCUACACUGUCACAGGAGGAUUAAUCUAUGCCUUCGUUGGGCAGGAUGUGCAAUCACCUGCACUUCUCUCGGCGGGAAAUCUUAUGGCCAAAAUAGCAUUCGGCAUUGCGCUACCCGUCAUCUUCAUCUCGGGCUCCAUUAAUUGCACUGUGGUCGCGCGCUAUAUUCACGGACGUGUAUACAAGAACUCCGUGGUCCGCUUCAUUAAUACGAAGAAAGGCUGGCUGACAUGGUUGGGGCUUGUAAGCUUCAUCACAAUUAUUGCAUGGGUGAUUGCGGAAGCGAUCCCUUUCUUCUCGGAUCUUCUAUCCAUUGUGUCGGCGCUGUUUGUCUCUGGGUUCACAUUCUACUUCCCGGCCAUGAUGUGGUUUAAGUUGCUCAAGAAGGGCAAAUGGUAUGCGCGCGAAAACUUGUUCCUGAGUGUGGUAAAUGGGGCGGUAUUUGUCAUUGGGAUGGUGGUUUUGGUAGGGGGCACGUAUGCGGCAGUGGAAGACAUCAAAAAACAAUACGCCGAAGGAACAGUCCGAGGGGCGUUUACAUGCGCACCGAUAUCAUAG